UUCGCGCGUUUUUCAAUUCGAAUUCUGAAGGAAAUGGUAGAGGAUGGAACCACCGCAAACGAUGAAUCUAUGAAGCUAGCGAUAGCGGUUGCGCUUCUCCGAUCAAAGUUCACGAAAAAUGUUAAACAGUGUAAUCCAAUUUCUCCCUCUCAAUCAGAAACUCUUUUCCGUUGGAAACGAAAGGCUAAAGAACGGAAGCAAGAGAUUCUACGGCUCAGAGAAGAUCUGAAAGAAUCUCAAGAUGCUUCGCAUUGUGAUCUAUUUCCUGAGAACGCUUCUUGCAAGUGCUAUUUCUUCGAUAAUUUAGGGGAAUUAAGUUCUAAGUAUCAUGGAAAUGAUUCGUUUAACAGAUUCAAUGACGUACUUCGCCGGAGAUUUCUACGGCAAGUGCGGUUUAAGGAAAGGAGGAGAAGGAUUGGUUCUUCAUCUUCUUCGAGUCAGCAACGGCUUUGUUUAGGUUUAGCUGAGGAUGAUGAUACAGAGCAGCUGAAAGCAUCUGCUGAUUUUCUUGUGGAGCUGUGUGAGACUGUGGAUGAUUCCAAAUUUGCAAACAUGGCACACCAAGCCGUUGACUUUAUAUUAGUUUCAUUGAAGACUCUUCUGUCUACGGGAAGGAACCUGGAACUUGUUGAACGAAUUAUCAAUAGCCUAGUUACACGUUUGACGUUGAAGAUGUGCUCGUACUUGUCAGAAAAUGGAUCUCAACACAGUGACACCGAUGCACAGUUCUGUAUUCAGCAUUUGGUCCGUAAACUUGGUAGUGAGCCUUAUAUUGGCCAACGGGCUAUACUUGCAGUUUGUCAAAGAAUUUUGGUGCUAGCAGAACGUUUGCUUUUCUCUGACCCCUUUGAUGACUCUUUUUCUAACAUGCACGAAUGUAUGUUCAUCAUGAUCCAGCUUAUUGAGUUUUUGGUGGGAGAUUACUUAUUAGAGUGGUCAAAAGCUGAAGAUCUUGACACCACGCUCCUUGAAGAUUGGAUGACGUCAAUUAUUCAGGCAAGAAAAGCAUUAGAACUUCUGGAAAGCAGAAAUGGACUAUACGCCCUUUAUAUGGACCGUGUCACAGGUGAGUUGGCGAAACAUGUCGAUGGAGUCUCAUUGCUUCAGAAGGUUAAACCGGAUAUGUUUAAUCGCUUGUUUCACUAAACAUGAUUCAAUUGUGAGAAAUAUAUAUGACCCAUAUAGGGGGAAAAUUGUAUAUAUGGAAACUAGGAGAAUAGAUUAAGCCCAACUUUCCUUCUUCAUUGUACUUUGUCCUAUAAACUCAUUUUACUCCUAUCUUCCUAAGUCUUAAUACCAACACGCAGAGAUGUCA